AGCUCGGAGGCACCUCAAUCUGUAGCGUCGCAUAACAGAUGUCAUUUGCUCGUUCGUAUAGGUCCAGAGCUUCUCCUCCACAUUCGCGCAGGUCCGCUACCGUCCCGCCAUCAUGGUAACGCCUGAUGGAAAAGCACGUCAGAGAGCGUGGAAGCCCAAAAACCGUACUGGCUGCAAGACUUGCAACGAUCUUUCUUUGCAGGUGGAUGGCCGUCCCGACGGCUGGUCUCAGUGUUGAUGCUCCAUCAGUCGAAUGCUAAUCUCCUCAGGAUACGCAAGGUGAAAUGCGACGAGGAAAAACCGCACUGCAAGCGUUGUACAUCAACCGGGCGCAAAUGUGAUGGCUAUGAUCCGAACUUCCGACCUUCACCCCCAACAACACCCCCUCAAUCGGUGACUUCAUCAACACGUGGGCAACUUCAACGUCUCACCAGUCGUGGGAUUAAUCGCUCUCCCUCACCAUUAUACUUGGUUCCAGCCCUACGGUUUAACACAGUAGAAGAACGUGAGAGCUUUGAUUUCUUCACCUCAAACGCCGUUGUAUCUCUUCGGGGGUUUCUCGACUCUUCAUUUUGGGAACGGGAAGUCCUCCAAGCCGCUCAUCGAGAACCGGCAAUUCAGCACUGCAUCGUUGCUCUAGGUGCCAUGCAUCGACGGUUCUUUGAAGGUCGACGCUCGCAUAUCAAUGAGGAACACAUGUCCGACAAGUACCUACAAUUCGCAUUGCGCCAGUCUAACCAAGCCAUUCAGGACCUGGUGGGCAAGCAGGGACUGAGUGGUAGUAUGGUGAAGACAGAUAGAGUGACGCUCAUGACGUGCUCCAUUCUGUUCAUCAGCAUGUCCUGCCUCCAGGGUUAUCAGAAAGAUGCAUUCGAGCAUCUGCGAAGCGGUAUUCGAAUGCUGAAUGAGAUGGAUAGUGAAGAGAAUGCAAAACCCGAGAACCACCCAGUUGACAUGGACUCAUUGCGAUCCCUUUUCAUCGGCCUUGAUUUGCAGGCUCGAAGUAUAAUGCCCACAGCUCAAUUUCGAAAUUGGGUUCCAACGCCGAAACUGAAAACGCCAGCUAGUCUACCAAAUCCUGAGCUGAACAUGGCUUCGUUACUCGCAAUGGUGCGAUAUAUGGAGACCCUUCUCAACCAUCUUCACGCAUUUUUCCAAGGGAUCAUGUCGCGACGUACAGAAGAAACGAACGACAUCUAUCUCGAAUAUAGCGAUUUGAUCACGCGUUUCAAUCGAGGAUCAGCCAUUCUAGAGAUACUCUGUGAAAAGUCAUCGUCAAAUGCAGACGAAUUCAGUCAACCCUUGACUGUACUACGGCUUCUACAAUGUCAAAUAGAAUACUUGCUGCGAUCCCCUAGGUCCGACGUUGAAGACAAGUUCAAGCUCACGAUGAAAUCCACCUCCUUUGACGAUUUAUUUGAUGAGCCAUUCGACCAUUCUACACAGUUAGUCAAAAUGUUCGAGUUGGCUACCAGAUUACUACCGUUAUCUUCCUCCUCUUCGCCAGUCUUUACAACGACAAUGGGCGCGCUCUCGGCGCUUUGGCUUGUAGCUUUCCGCGCGCCUUCUACCUGUGCUACACUACGCAAGCGUGCUGUCACGCUCAUGCUGAGCCAUCCGAGAAGAGAAGGCUUCUGGGACGCUAUGGUUGCAGGACGGGUUGCACAAGAGGCGCUGAGACUGGAACAGGAAAGUACGCAAGCAGAGCUUGGUUUCUCAUUUAAUCCAACUCAAGAUGUGAUCGUGCCAGACGAUCUACGAAUGAUCGCUGUGGCAGUUUCGUAUGUGGACGACAAUAAGCGAAGGGCCAGGGUCGAAUAUGUCAAUUCACGGGAUCUGAAAGCAGGCAAUCCAGGUUGGGUACGAUGGAUUAAUUGGUAGGAAUCACUGCUUCGAUUCGAUUCAAUGUGCAUAACCUGCGGGUCCGCCACUCAUCAUGCUUCAAUCACACUUGUUCUUCUGAGUGUCUUCAGGCGCUCGGUUCAGAUCAAGAACGACGAGAAACACCUCCCAGGCCUAUUGCGAGCGAUUCAAUGUCGCAAAGGCCUUCGGAGAACUCAAAGAGGAUGCUAUCAUCAAGGUACAAAGACGUGGUUAGUACUUCUCGUCGUCCACCAUCUUCGCUGGGUUCUCGUUUUCAUCCGCCGCCGCUAUCUUCUUGGGCUCAGAUUCCGUGACAACCAGCUCCAAAUGGAAACACAGGACAGUGAUAAUGCCAACUACACGAAGAAGAAGAAGAAGAAGAAGAAGAAGAAGAAGUA